AGCGGCAGUGAAUGCCUCCUUCCUGAAUGCUUGUAAACCUGGUUAUUAUUUUCUAUAUCGAGGUGAACGAAGGGUAGUGCAAAUCAAGUCCAACAAGCCAUUUCAGAUCCCCCCCACAGUUGCCAGGUUUAGAAAUGCCUUCUCAAAAUAUUAAGGUGGCUAUAGCUGAUAUGUUCGAGGGUCUGUCAAGGAGUAACUUUGACGAUUUCUGCCACGAGCUUUUGCAUCGCAAAGAAGGGCCGCGGGUCGCUCGCAUCCGGGUGGAGGGCAAAAGCUACUUGGAGAUCACAGACGUCUUGGUGUCCACCUUUACGGAGAGCAGAGCUGUUGGAGUAGCUGAGGAGAUAUUGAGAGAGAUUGGAUGCAACGAGGAAGCAGAAAAACUCAAGGGCCACAUACAUAAAAAUGUAGGGGGAGCUGGGCCACUUAUUGAGUCAGAAACACAACUGGAAGACAUUAAACAUCUCCUUUUGACAAUGGCACAAAUGGACAAACGAAGGGCUGUAAAACGCAUGUUGGCUAACUUGUCAAAGAAAAACUUCGACAGUUUUUUGGACGAGCUUGUGCACAGGAAAGCGGAGCCGCGAGUUGCACGCAAUAGGGUGGAGGGAAAAGAUCACUUAGAGAUCACAGAUGUCCUGAUUUCCACUUUUGAUGAGACUGGAGCUGUGAAAGUCGCUGCGGAGUUAUUGAACGAGAUUGAAUGCAAAAAAGAAGCAACACAACUGCUGGCAGAUACAGGUGUAGAGAAGUUCUCAGAACCUGGAUCCAGUAACACAGUGGAAGCUACUGGUGGACCAUCCUCAGAUAAUGGAUCAAGGGACAGUGUGCACUUUGUGGAUAAACAUAGAAUCGAGCUGAUCAAUAGAGUGUGCUGCGUUGAUGACAUUUUGGAUAAGCUCCUCGAUGAAAACCUCAUCAAUCAAGCGAUUUAUGAUGAAAUCUUGGAAAUUAAACCCACUCAGAAACAGAUGAGGAAAAUCUUCACUGGUCCCCUGAAAGCAGCAGGGCUUCGCGGCAAAGAAGUCUUCUAUAAAAUCAUUGAGGAAAUGGAGCCAUAUCUCAUUGAAGACCUAAAGGGAAAGGAGUGCCCUUCUGAGUUUGCAGAGCUAUUUGUGGAUAAACAUCAAACAGCACUAGUCUGGAGAGUAAAAAACAUUGCACCAAUUCUGGAUGGACUGCAUUCUUAUGAAAUUAUCAAUAGUGGGAAUUAUGAGGAAAUCAAAUCCCUCCAUGGCCCUUUGGAGAAGAUGAAGGCUCUCCUAAGUGGGCCUUUGAGAUUCUGUGAACCUGAAGAAAAAGAGAUAUUCUACAAACUGCUGAGAAAACACGAGUCCCAUCUAAUCGAUGACCUUGCUGAUGAGUCUGAGAAACAUAAGAAGAUUGAGAAAGACAUGGAGGAAGUAAGCGGGGCAUCAAUGGAGGAGAAGCUUUUGGAAACACUGGAAGAUUUAAGUGAUGGAGAGCUCGAGAAAUUCAAGCGUGGCCUCCAAAGAAUCUCAUAUCAGAGAUUAAAGAUGGCAGGCAGAGCUAACAUUGCGUAUCUGAUGGUGGAGAUCUACGGCCAACAGUGUAUUGAGCUGACAACGGAUAUUUUAAAGAAGAUGAAAGAAGACGAUUAUGGUCUGGAGCAAAGGUUGACCUACAUCACUUUAGGAUCCAAAGGGCCUUCAAGAAGCUUGGAUCUUGAGGGAAGUGAAAAAAUGAUGCCGGAUUCCAGUGGCUGGACUAAACUUGAACCUGAGAUGAAACGUACAGAUGAAGAUGCAGCUUCAACUUACAGCCUAAAGUCUGAAGCGGGAACCUUUGAAUGCAGUGUCUCUGGCUUGCGCUGGGUCUGUCAGGAAAAGGUCAGCUUUAAGUACCAGUUUUGCUCUUGGGAGGAACACAUGGAUAGGAUGGAAAGGAUGAAAUACAUGCCUGCAGGUCCCCUUAUAGACAUCACAGUGAUUGCUGGCAAGUUAUUUGAAGUGUACCUGCCACACUGGAUCUGCAUAGAUGACAUCCCUAAAAUACGGCAAAAGUUUGCAGUCCUGCACAUAGAUGACUGUGGAGAUGUUGUGGAAAAAGUGUCUGUAAUCACAUCCUCCCAUGUCAAGCUGUCUGAACCAGUUUUCUCUCCAAGAGCUGUCCUGAUGAAAAUGGGCUUUCCAGUGAAAAUACACUGUUACAUGCUGAUCUAUUCCAAACCCGACACAACCUGCAUCCUUCUUCAUGUUUACCUGAUCCCGCUCGAUCCUGCUCUUAAAGAGACCAUGGACAAGAAGAAAAAAAACUUCAAAUUGAUCCAAAAGCCACGCCCAGACAAGUACCUGAAAAUGCAACAAGGUUUCAACCUCACAGCAGACAUAACAACGGCCAAGAUUUGCCCAGAGGAAAUAACCCUCAGAUAUGAUAGCCAAGACCCAAACUUCUAUGAAGUGUACAUUGAGAAUCCAGACAGUAAUUUCCACCUUACACUCUCACAACUUAACAAAGGGAAAUGCAAACCACGAUGUGAACCAGUAUGGACCUGUGAAAUUCGUAAAGGUGACUUACGAAACUCUGGUGAUUCAGAUGUGAAAGAGACAGGUGGACAAACCUCCACAACUGAUCCAUGCGAUGUGGAAUGGUCAUCUGAUGAGAUGCAGGGGGAGACAUCUGUCACAACUAGAAAAGAGAGGCUUUUGAAAAUGCUGAAAGAUUUGGGAAAGGAAGACUUCAAAGCAUUUAAAUGGUUCCUGCUGAACAUACAUUUCCCCCCAGACCUCUCAAGCAUCCCAUACAGCGAACUGGAGAACAGUGACAUGUUCGACCUGGUGAAUCUGAUGUCGCAGACCUACGACCAAGAUUGCUUGGAGUUGACCAAAAUGAUUUUCAAGGACAUAAACAGGAAUGACCUGGUGCAGAAGUGGUCAGGAUCCAAAGGUCAGUUGUAAAGAAACUGACAAGUGUUUAAAUUACAUUGAAGCGACUUACAAUAAGUGCAAUCAACCAUGAAGAUUGAAACUAAAAAAUGUAAGAAUCCUGCAAGGACAUUUGUUUGCUACUGCAUCUGCUUAACAUUAUCCAACCCUUUUUAGGUGCUUCAUACAGACAUGUGUUAUUUUUUUCAUUUUGGUUUAUUAGCCAAGGUGCAGUCGUUAGUUUUCAGGCUACAACAGAAUAUGUGGAUAUUAACUGCAAUCCCGAUAUCAGGGGAGCUUGUUUAACUAUGAGACAGGAUAGCAAACAGCAGUGUUGUAGUACUCGAGCGCGGGACUCGGACUAGAGUCCGACUCGUGAGCUAAAUUUAGAUACUCGUGACUUGACUUGGACUUGAGCACUAAUGACUUGAACUCGGACUCCAACUCGUGCAUUCGGACUCGCGAUGACUCGAAAGGACUCGACUUUGUCAUUAAAACCCUGAGGGCGGCGAACGCGCCUGCGCGUUUUAGCAACGUUUUCGAUAUGUUUCUAUUAAUAUUUAUGCCAUAAUACGGCGUAGAAAUGUUCUGUUUCUAAACAAGCUUUCAUUUAAUGAAGGCUGGAUGAAAAUGAUGAUCACCUUGAACUAAAACCUUUUGAUUCAAACCAAAUUGUAUAUAUUUUUAUUGUUUUAAACCUAUUGCAGAAUUGCAGAUGUGUUCAGGUUUAUCUAUUCAGCAACAAAACUUAAAUAUUUUCUUCAAUAAUGUAAGUCAAACUGAAUUUUGCAAAGUUGUAAAGAGAUUGUAAAUAGUGGAAAACGAUUGUAAAUGUUUUUCAAGCAUGCAUAUAAGUGCACAUUGCUUCUGGGGUUAAAGGGGUAAAAACAAAACAUCUUAUUCCUAUUUCCUAUUUUUUUAUUCAGUUUUUAAUAGAUUUUUUGUGUUUUUAUAUACAUUGUUUCUGUUCUUUUUUUGCAGUCAAUGUUUUUCUAAUGCUCUUAAUAAAGCAUUUCAAACUA